ACUCUAAUAUGUCUCAAAAUCGAUUAUUUUAAAGAAGAGGGCUUACACGCUACCGCCCUACAACGAAAAUUUAAUUUUAAUAUUUAAGAACUAUGAACUCUAAUUUGGUUUAUUUAUUGAUAUUUUUAUUAUUUUUUGACGUCACGCAAGCCACAACAGGUCCUGGAAUUUGCUCAACAUGGGACAACAACCAUUAUCAUACAUUUGAUGGUACCUCCUUUACAUAUGACGGCACAUGUAGUUACGCUUUGGCAAUAGAUUGUCGACCAGGUUCUGAUGAUUUUGCCAUUCACGUUGAAAAUGAUGACAGUUGCAAUUCUACCACAUGCAAAAGAGCAGUGUCUAUGUAUGUAAACGACAUCGAGUAUAAAAUCUCACAUGAUAGUGUUGUUACCAUCGACGGGAAAGACGGUGUUAAUCUACCUUACUUAAAGAACGGAGUCAGUGUUUCAAAACACGCUGAUUACAUAUUUAUUGAAGCAUGGAAUGGUAAGGUGAUCGUUAAAUUUGACGGUAACCGAAGCAUAUAUGUAACACUGGACAGUUCAUUUAAAAACGCUACAUGCGGGUUGUGUGGCAGUUACAAUGAUAAUCCAUUAGAUGAUUUUAUGCUUCCUCUGGAAGGACAACAAACAAAAUCAGUCAAUGAGUUUGGAAAUGCAUGGGCUAAACCGAAACCUGGAAAUACAUGCGCUCCCGUGACGAAAACACAUGUGACCAAAUGCAGUGCGGUGUCCACUCCUAUACAAUUUGUCGCUCAACAUAAGUGCAAAGCUUUGCUCGAUAACCCCGAAUUUCGCAAAUGUAUGGAUGUUGUUGAUCCUGCUCCAUUUUAUGAAAAGUGCAAAGAAGACAUGUGUGCAUGUAAUGCUGCUGACAGUUGUCUCUGCGAUGUUUUUGAACAAUAUACACGAAAAUGUGCUCACAAUGGCAUCGUUAUGAACUGGAGAACGUAUGACUUGUGCCCAAAAAAUUGUAGCCAUAACAAGAUGUUUAUGGAAUGUGGACCAGCCUGUACCUAUUCGUGUGAUUAUGGGCAUGGAUCUACUUCAAUUUGUAAGGAAGCAUGUGUUGAUGGAUGUCACUGUCCACCUCACACUGCAUUGCUUGAUGACCGUUGCAUCCCUGUUGGAGAAUGUCCAUGUGAACACAACGGUGAGCGACAUGAUCAUGGUACAACUGUUCAAAUGGGUUGCAAUAAUUGCUCUUGCAUGGGUGGAAAAUGGAAUUGUGACAAAAUGGAAUGUGAUGCUGUUGCAUCUGUGUAUGGAAAUGGUCAUUUUACAACAUUUGAUGGCAAAAGUUACCAUUUUCCUGGAACUUGCAGAUACAUUUUCACCAAGAUUCUGGAAGCUGAUUGGUUUAGUGUUGCAAUAGAUCGAAAAUCGUGCACAAAUAGAAACUGCCACAUGUCCGUGCAUAUUGGGUAUAAAGGAAAUCAAAUUACGAUGCAGAAUGAGGAUGGUAUUUUUGACAUCCUUGUGAAUCGCAAGAGAACUGUUCUACCGUUUGUUUCUGAUCGUGGAUUUAAAAUCGCUUCGGAAUCAUCAAUUUUUGUGAGAAUGGAUACAAAUGACAACAUCGUCAUACAUUGGGAUGGUCAAACACGCUUGUAUGUUCGAGUACCUCAUACUUUACGUGGUACACUUAUUGGAAUGGCUGGAAACUUUAAUGGAAAGACCGUAGAUGAAUUUGUUACACCGUUGGGAGACGUAACCCAUUCUGUCACAGAUUUUGGAAAUUCUUGGAUGUUCUCCGACACCAACUGCACUUUAGUAUCUACUGACUACAGAAUGACAUCUUGUGAGUCCAACCACCAAGUUGCGAAAUAUGCCGAAGAAAAAUGUCAGAUAUUAAUGAGCAGUACAUUCUCACCAUGUCACAUGUCUGUUGAUCCUCUAACGUAUUUUUCAAACUGCAAGGAAGACCUUUGUGGUUGUAAUGGAAGACAGGAUUGUUUGUGUGCUGUCCUUGCUGCAUAUUCAAGAGCAUGUGCACUCGAAGGAAAAGCUGUUUCGGAGUGGCGAAAUGUUAGCGGCUGCGGUGAAACUUGCAAUGCUGGUCGAGUAUUUACAGAAUGUGGAUCAAAAUGUGUCAGGUCAUGCUCCGACGUUCACACACCAAAUCCAGAAUGUGAGGAAGGUUGCCUUGAAGGUUGCUUUUGUCCAGAGGGAAAGGUUAUUGAUGAAAUGACAAAUAUGUGUGUAGAGAAAAACAAAUGUGGAUGUCAAUAUGGUAACGAGACCAUGACAGAAGGAUCAAGUGUAAAUGAAGGCUGCAAGAAAUGCGUUUGCUCAAAUGGCACUGUUGAAUGCUCUGAAAAAGACUGCACAAGAAACACUACAUGUUCAGGUGGUAAAAUAUAUACCACGUGUAUGCCAUCUUGUCAAGCUACUUGUAAGACUCAAGAACUUAAUUGCGAUGCAGUCUCAACAUCCUGUGUAUCUGGAUGUACUUGUCCUGAUGGUUUAGUUGAGCAUAACGGAGUGUGUAUUGAGAAAACAAAAUGCUCUUGUUAUCAUAACAGCAAGAUGUAUACAGAAGGAAUGACAAUAUCCAAAGAUUGCAAUACCUGCAAAUGCUCAAAAGGAAAAUGGAAUUGUACAGAGAACCCUUGCUCUGCAACUUGCUCCGUGUUUGGAGAUCCACAUUACAAAUCAUUCGAUGGGAAGAUGUUCGACUACCAAGGAAAAUGCGAGCAUGUAAUGUUGACGGAUAUUUGCCCAAAUUAUUCGAAUAAAGAAGAACAUAUUAGAGUCGUGGUAAACACAGCUGCCUGUGGUAGUCAGGGUGUGACAUGCACACGGGAAGUAGUAGCAAUCAUCCAUGGAACUACCUUCAAGAUGACGCGUGGAAAGGAAAAGAUAACUAUAUCAGCAUCUGACGUUGUGGGAGAUAGAGAUCAUUACAAAGUGUUUCAACAUGCAGGUUCGUACGUCCAUGUGGUGACAGAUUAUGGUGUUUCUCUACUUUGGGACAAUGGAACAAGAUUGUACAUAUCCGUUGAUCCAAGAUUAAACAGUAAAGUAUGCGGUCUUUGCGGUACAUUUGACGGCAAUGAAGCCAAUGAUUUUAUAACAUAUCAAGGUGAUAUAUCAGGAAAUGCUAUCCAAUUUGGUGAUUCAUGGAGGGUUGACAACUCCUGUCCAUUAACAAAAGCUGUUCCAGACACAUGCAAAGAGCGUCCACACAGGGUUGACCCAUCUAAAAGGGAAUGUGCUAUCAUUAAAUCCGAGACUUUCAAAGCAUGUCAUAAUUUUGUUGAUCCAAGUCCUUACUAUGAUAAAUGUGUGUUUGAUGCAUGUGGAUGCGACACAGUUGGUGAUUGUGACUGCUUGUGUGAUGCGAUAGCUGCCUAUUCCAAAGAAUGCUUGGAUGAAGGAUUUGCAGUCGAUUGGAGAAAGGGACACCAUACUUGUGAAAAGCAAAGAUGUUGUCCACCUAAAAUGAAGUUUACACCAAAAGGUUCGGCCUGUCCAAAGACAUGUAUGUACCCUGAAGGCGACCCAACAUGUCCCUUAAAGUAUGUUGAUGGCUGCCAAUGUCCUGAUGGAAUGGUCCAGAAUAUGGAUAAGUUGGGCAAUGUAGAAUGCAUCAAGCCUGAAGAAUGUAACGUAUGUGUGUUAGAUGGAAGAAAGUUUGUUGAGGGAGAAAAGAUCACAAUCGAAUGCCAGUCCUGUGAAUGUAUCAAUAAUACAAUGCAAUGUUCGGGUUCUAAAUGCUCAACAACUACGCCACAGCCAACUACAACUUCAACACAGCCGACAACAACUUCAACACAAUCAACAACAAUGUCCACUACACCAGAAACAACAACACAACCGCCGACUACAACACCACCGGGAAAGUCAUGUGUUUACAACGACGGCGUAAAGAAUGUCACUCUACCAGUUGGCGCAGUUGUGGUUAUAAAUGAAUGCACCAAUAAGACUUGUGUUUUGGAUGAUGUUACUGGUUCACCAGAAAUUGAACUCGUUGUUACUGAGUGCGAUGAGAAAUGCGAAGCAGAUUGUGAUACACCAAACACAAGAAGGUCAAUCCUUGUAAAAGUACCAGGAAAAUGUUGCAGACAGUGCAAACAAGUUGAUGAAAUCUGUAAAAUGCCAGGAUUUUUACCUUGCAAUGCAACACAAUGCGUCCCAAAAGAAUGGUUUUGCGAUGGACGACAAGACUGCCCAAGUGGUCGUGAUGAAGCCUGCUGUCCAACACUGCCUCCGACUACAACAAGCAUGCCUACCACCACUACCAUAUCUACAACCCCAGAAAAACCGUGCGAACCACCAAAGAUCCGUACAACAUGUGCACCAUUAUGCGAAGAAAAGUGCCACAGCUUAGGACCAUGUGAUACUGUGUUAGGAGUUGACAUGUGCAUACCUGGAUGUCAAUGUCCAAAUGGUACUAUUUGGAAUGGAACGUUCUGUGUAACACCUAAUGAAUGCACGUGCCGAGAUGAGAAUGGUGUUGUUCGCACGCCGACUGAUAUCUGGACAGACCCAAGACAAAAUUGCUCAGAAUGUCGUUGCUUGAAUAACAAAAUACAUUGCUCACCAAAGAAAUGUCCGACAUUGACAUGCCCAGUACAAAAGGUUGAUCCUGGUAAAUGUUGUCCAACUUGUCAAAUAGUUACCACGACAGCACCUCCCACAACUACAUCGCAACCAUGCGACUGCUCACGAACUGUCCCAGUGGGAGUAUCUGACGGCAGGAUACCUGAUACGAAUAUGACAAGUGACAGUGUUUUAGUAAACAAACCAGGUACUUCCAAACAUACUGGUCCUGAGCAAGCAAGAUUAAACAAUCAACCAUCGGAAAAUGGUGCAGGAGCAUGGGAACCUAAAGACGAAGAAGGCUGCCUCGACGUUGCUUUCAAUAAAGUGGAACAUGUAAAACUUAUUAAAACACAAGGUUCACCAGCGGAACAUAAAUACGUUACUCAAUACUUUGUAUUUUAUACGGCGGAUAAAAAACACUGGGAAUACUUGUUGCCAAAUACUGGUGGAAUAUUCUCGGGGAAUAGAGACAGCAACACUAUCAGAGCACAUGAAAUUGAUGUAAAGGCUAUUGCGUUCAGAGUGUGCCCAGCUAAUGAUCACACAGUUGGCGACCCUAGUCCAGCUUUAAGAGUAGAAUUUUAUGUGUGUCCAUGUGGACCAACACAAAAACCAUCUACAACAGUUACAACAACUUCAUCAACAACAUCGUCAACUACAGAAGAAUCUACGACGCCAUUAACAACAUUGUCAACAACAGAAGAAUCCACAACUACAUCAACAACGUCGUCAACGACGGAAGAAUCUACAACACCAUCAACAACGUCGUCAACGACAGAAGAAUCUACGACACCAUCAACAACAUCGUCAACAACAGAAGAAUCUACGACACCAUCAACAACAUCGUCAACGACGGAAGAAUCUACGACACCAUCAACAACAUCGUCAACGACAACAGAAUCUACAACACAAUCAACAACGUCAUCAACGACAGAACAAACAACAACAGGAAGAAUUACAGAAAUUAUUACUGAACCUAGACGAACUACGUCGGAAAUUCCAGUAAUUUUAACCACCACAGAAGAACCGGAAACAACAGUCGCAACAACUACGGCUGGUCCGUGCGAUUGCAGAACAUUGAAACCCAUUGGUGUAUCAGAUGGACGAAUACCUGACAAAAACAUGACAACAAAUUCAAUCCGGGUGAAUGCUCCAGGUACUGCUGCACACACCGGGCCAGCUGAAGCUCGGUUGAAUAACAAACCCUCUGAAACAGGAAACGGAGCUUGGGAACCAAAAGACAGUGAGGCACACCUUGAUAUCCACUUUAGAAAAGUAGAGAAUAUAAAAGAGAUAAGAACGCAGGGACAUCCAGUUAAAAAUAAUUACGCUAGAAGAUUCUUCUUAUUUGCAUCCAUGGAUGGUAAAACUUUUGAAAUCGUUACAGAUGCUAGCGGAGAAGCUAUAUUCGAAGGAAAUAUUGAUGGCAAUACAAUCAAAUCUAAUGCACUUAAUUUCAAAGCCAAAGCAGUACGUAUUGUUCCUGUAAACGAUGUAUCACUUGGUGAACCAUCUCCUGCCCUUAGGGUAGAAUUGUACUCUUGUCCAUGUAAGAACGAAACAACACCAGCUCCACAAACAACAACUACAAGUACAACUACCAGCACAUCAACUACAGAAGAGUCCACGACUGCCGCCACAACUCAAUCUACCACCGAAGAGACAACAACACCAUCAACUACUCCAUCUACCACAUCAUCCACCACGGAAGAAUCUACCACUACCUCCACAACGCAGUCUACCACGGAAGAGACAACAACACCAUCAACUACUCCAUCUACCACAUCAUCAACCACAGAAGAAUCUACUACGGCUUCCACACUUCAGUCUACUACGGAAGAGACAACAACACCAUCAACUACUCCAUCUACCACAUCCACCACAGAAGAAUCGACUACUGCUUCUACAACUCAGUCUACCACCGAAGAGACAACAACACCAUCAACUACUCCAUCUACCACAUCAUCCACUACAGAAGAAUCUACUACUGCUUCUACAACUCAGUCUACCACCGAAGAGUCAACAACACCAUCAACUACUCCAUCUACCACAUCCACCACAGAAGAAUCGACUACUGCUUCUACAACUCAGUCUACCACCGAAGAGACAACAACACCAUCAACUACUCCAUCUACCACAUCAUCCACUACAGAAGAAUCUACUACUGCUUCCACAACUCAGUCUACCACGGAAGAGACCACAACACCAUCAACUACUCCGUCUACCACAUCAUCCACUACAGAAGAAUCUACUACUGCUUCCACAACUCAGUCUACCACGGAAGAGACAACAACACCAUCAAGUACCCCAUCUACCACAUCAUCCACCACAGAAGAAUCUACUACUGCUUCCACAACUCAGUCUACCACGGAAGAGACAACAACACCAUCAACUACCCCAUCUACCACAUCAUCCACCACAGAAGAAUCUACUACUGCUUCCACAACUCAGUCUACCACGGAAGAGACAACAACACCAUCAACUACUCCAUCUACCACAUCAUCCACCACAGAAGAAUCUACUACGGCUUCCACAACUCAGUCUACUACGGAAGAGACAACAACACCAUCAACUACCCCAUCUACCACAUCAUCCACCACAGAAGAAUCUACUACUGCUUCCACAACUCAGUCUACCACAGAAGAGACAACAACACCAUCAACUACUCCAUCUACCACAUCAUCCACCACAGAAGAAUCUACUACGGCUUCCACAACUCAGUCUACUACGGAAGAGACAACAACACCAUCAACUACCCCAUCUACCACAUCAUCCAACACAGAAGAAUCUACUACUGCUUCCACAACUCAGUCUACCACAGAAGAGACAACUACAACAUCAACCACAUCAUCAACGUCUACUACAGCCACGACAACUGAAGGUCCAUGUGAUUGUUCAACCUUGAAACCUCUGGGCGUAUCUGAUGGACGUAUUGCAGAUGGAAAUAUGCUGAGUGACUCGAUUAAAGUCAAUCAACCUGGAACUCCAGAACACACCGGACCAGAUCAAGCUAGGUUGAACAACGAACCAUCUGAGAACGGAGUUGGUGCUUGGGUACCUGAUGAUGAGGAAGGUUAUCUGGAAAUAAGAUUUAACAAACUGGAAUCACUUAAAGAAAUUCGAACACAAGGGCAUCCUACAUUAGGCACUUUCACACGCAAUUAUUUCUUGUUCUACACUGCAGAUGGAGAGAAUUGGGAUACCGUUAAAAAUGCCGACGGUGAACUCUUCUUCAGCGGUAAUGCCGAUGGAACUUCAACUAAGAUUAAUGAAAUAUCAACGAAAGCAAUAGCUGUGAGAAUAUUUCCUGCAAAUGAUGGAUUUGAAGCAGCGUUGAGAGUUGAAUUUUAUGGAUGUCCUUGCGAAGAAACUUCCACACCUUCGAUUACAACAACUAUGCGAGUCUCAAGUAUUGAAGUUGAAACAACAGCGCCAGUUAGAACUACUCCACAGUUAGCGACAACAACAACAACAAAACCAGCCUGUCCUGGAGAUCAAAUUUACAAAAACUGCAGUCACACAAUGAAGUGUGACGGACGCGAGAUGUGCGGAAGCGAAGAGUUUACUCGCGAGGGAUGUUGUUGUCCUGACGGACAUUAUCAACUUGGUGAUAGAUGUGUGAAAAAAGAAGAAUGCCCGUGCUUAAAUGAUGGUAUUGUACAGGAGGAAGGAAAGAUUUGGUUUCCAAAUCAAUAUGAGAUCUGUCGUUGCAGAGCUGGCAAACAGGAGUGUACAUUAAGUUGUCCAGCUACCUUUGAAUGUCUUGAGCAUCAGAAAUCAAUCUACGUGCAGCCCGCUGUUGAUGGUGUCUGUUGCAAAUGUGUAUCUGAUUGUCAAUACUGCAAGGUUAAUCACAAAUAUGUCCCUGUGAAUUCAACAUGGGUGGUUUCGAUGACUUCAGACCGCUGCGUAACUGGAAAAUGUACAUUGGACGAUGAUGAAGAAUGUGCAGUUGUUGAGAAAGACACCACAAUCUGUGAGAAGGCAUGUCCAGAGAAUAUGAAGAGAGCUGGACUCGAGUCUGAUUGUUGUCGAUGUGUUUGCGAUGAAGAUUCUUGUGACGUCAAAAGUUCUGCAGACUGUACAGAGGGUGAGCAAUAUGUGAAAGGAGAGGAAGAAUGCUGCGGACGCUGCAUGCAGCUUCCAACAACAACACAGUCUACAACAACUGGCCAUAGCAGUCCAAGAUAUACACCAACCACACAGGAAUUCACUGGUUCAACUACCUCGUCAACUUCAACUACUUCUAAACCAUUCUCUGGUGAAACCACAUCAAGAGGAACUUUCCCAACAUUCCCGCCCGUGACUACAUCAUCUACAACAGAGAGCACAUCAUCUACAACUGCUUCAAGCACCACGGAAGAGUCAACCACAUCUACCACCCAAGAACCAUCUACCACAACAAGUACCACGGAAAAAUCAACAACAUCCACCACUCAAGAACCUUCUACCACAACAAGCACCACAGAAAGAUCUACCACAUCUACCACUCAAGAACCAUCUACCACAACAAGCACCACAGAAAGUUCUACCACAUCUACCACUCAAGAACCAUCUACCACAACAAGCACCACAGAAAGUUCUACCACAUCUACCACUCAAGAGCCAUCUACCACAUCAAGUACCACAGAGGAAACAACUACCUCUACUACAACUGCAGCAACUACCACAGAAGAAUCAACCACAGUUACCACACAUAAACCAUCUACCGUUAGUACAACAAUGUCAACAACCGAAAAAUCUUGUGACUGCACUACGCCAGUUCCAGUUGGUGUUUCUGAUGGCAGAAUUCCAGAUGCUCAAAUGAUAACCAACUCAAUUUUGGUUAAUAAAUCAGGAAGUCCAGAACACACCGGUCCGGAACAAGCACGAUUGAACGUUGUACCUUCAGCACGUGGUGCUGGAGCUUGGGAACCUUACGAUGCUGAAGGAUACUUGGAAAUUCAAUUCAAUAAGUUGGAGCAAUUGAAGAAGAUAGAAACGCAAGGCUCGCCUGUUGAAAGAAAAUACAUCAGCCGAUAUUUCUUGUUCUACACAGUGGAUGGAGAAGAAUGGACGUCUGCUGUCCAUAAUUCCGGUGAUGACAUCUUUAGUGGCAACGUAGACGGAACAUCGAUAGUUUCACAUGAUAUAAACUUUAAAGCUAAAGCCGUUAGAAUAUUUCCUGCUAAUGAUCCUUCAAUUGGUGACCCAAGUGUAGCAUUAAGAGUUGAGUUCUAUGUUUGCCCAUGUGGGCCUUCGACAGAAGAGCCACCAAUCACAACUGCUACCACAGGGAAAGUUACUGAGAUUUUAACAGAAGAAGUAACGACGCAGCCUCAAUUAGCAUCUACCACUGAAAGUACCACUACAGAGGAAACUACCACUGAAGGUACUACCACGGAAGUAACAACAACACAGUCGACGACAACUACUACGACAACACCCAGUCCUACACCCAAGAGUCCGUGUGUUGUUAAGCAUACCGAGCAAUACAUCAAGAAUGGUUAUUGUACUUCAGUAAGUAAAGUUAGAGUAGCAUCCUGUACUGGUCUCUGUGAAUCCUCUUCCACCUUCUCUCCAUCCUCUCCCUUCUACAUGCAACAAUGCCGAUGCUGCAAACCAGUUGCCUUUGAAGAAUUAAGCGUCCGUAUGGUAUGUCUAAAGAACAAAUACACAACUCUUCGUGUACCGAUCAUCAGACAUUGUGUAUGCAAUGCUUGCAACGAUUAUAAACCAACAGCUUUACCGCCAACAACUGAAGCACCGGUUGGAUCCGGUUCAGGAAGUGAAUCCGGUGGUGGUUCGGGUGAAGGAUCGGGAGAAGAGUCAGGUGAAGGUGAAGGGUCUGGCGCUGAGGGAACACCAAGUGCGGCUUCCAAACCGAAGAGAUCACUAUCUGAUUUAUUUUAUAAAUUUUUCAUAGGAGAAAGCAAAUAAGGGAAACUGAUUAUUAGGGAUGUAUAAUUCCUUUUUUAAUGAACAAAUAAUAAAAAAUACAA